AUGCCAAUACCCAGCCGGAUACUCCACCCCCCUCCAAUCCCAGUACCGCCGCGGAAUGACAUGCACCCGCCUCUUUCUCCCCCUCCCCUUGUCCAAUUCCUCAUCACAAUACUCAACCCUACACCACGUCCCAUGAUCAGGAACCACAUACCUCCUCCGCCGGAAAUCAUACCGCUCAGACGCACCUCGCCUCGCCCACGGGAACGGCGUCUCGUCCGCCUUGGCGCAGCAGCAUCCCUCCCUGCACUCCCACCCAGACCAAUUGAUCCGUUCCUGACUCUGGCUUCGGCUGUUGAUCUUCCCGACGUAUAUGUCCGGGCCGCGAUUGGUCAGGACAUCGAAGAGACGCCACCGACGGGGCCAGCGCGAGGGGUUACCGGGCUGAGGAUCUUUCGGCCAGAUCCAGCCUAG